GCGGGCAGGGUUCAUGCCGCACAACCUCCGUGAGGAGAGACACAGAGGGAGGGGAGACACAUCAGGGAGAGACGGACAGAGAGAAGCCGCACAGCUGACCGAUUUGAGAUGCGUGUUUGCUGAGUAUUGUUUUGUCGUUGGGGCUACUGCUGCUGCUGCUGUUGUUGUUGCUGCUGCUGUUGUUGUUGUGAAGCUGUGAUUCGGGUUCGAUGCUGCCAUUGGAGGAAGUCGAUUACCAAUCGGUGAGGCCGACCAAGGACAAGGUUCGACCCUACAAGAUUGGAGUACUGGUGCUUGCUGCAUGUCUUGUGGUGGUAACCUUGAGUUUGGGACUGGGUCUUGGAGUACAGUUAAACCACUAUAAAAAGAAAGUGGCAGAGUCCUCCCAGUCCACCCCAAAGCCGCCUGCACAGUCCUGCCGAGGUCGCUGCAAUGGGCGAAGCCAGCCAGCGUCGCUCGACUGCGUGUGCGACGCCUCCUGCGAAGACGCAGGCAACUGCUGCCCAGACUACUACGACCUAUGCCUGCUUCCCUUGACAUCCUGGGAAUGCACGCGGAUUCGCUGUGGGGAGAAGCGACUUGCGAACAGCAGCUGCCACUGCUCUGAUGACUGCAUGGAAAAGAAAGACUGCUGUACCAACUACAUGACCACCUGUAAAGGUGCCAAAACGUGGUUGGCAGAACCCUGUGAAGAUCUUGGCACUCCAAAAUGUCCCGCGGGGUUCAAGAGGCAGCCUCUCAUUUUGUUCUCCCUGGAUGGUUUCCGUGCCGAGUACCUCCAGACUUGGUCCGCCCUUGUGCCCAACCUGCAGAAGCUCAGGUCCUGUGGCACACAUGCCCCAUACAUGAGGGCAAUGUACCCGACCAAGACCUUCCCCAACCACUACACCAUCACCACGGGCAUGUAUCCCGAGUCUCAUGGGAUUGUGGAUAACAACAUAUAUGACGUGAUAUUCAAUGCCAACUUUUCCCUUGGCAAUGAAGAAUCUGCCACUUCGAAAUGGUGGGGAGGCCAACCGAUAUGGAACACGGUAACUUACCAAGGGUUGAAGAGUGGGACCUAUUUUUGGCCUGGUUCUGACGUUGCAAUUAACAACACUUACCCCGACUACUGGGCAAAGUACAACACAAAUGAUCCGUAUGAAAAUCGAAUUAAAGUCGUUUUCAAAUGGUUGGACCUGCCAGAAGACCAGAGGCCAGAUUUUUACACUCUUUAUCUAGAUCAGCCUGAUGGACAAGGUCACAAUUUCGGCCCCGUGAGUGGUCAGGUGAUCGAGGCACUGCAGGAUGUGGACCGCAUCAUUGGGAUGCUGAUGGAUGGCCUCAAGCAGAGAGCCUUGCACCAAUGUGUCAACAUCAUGAUCGUGGCAGAUCACGGGAUGGAUAAGAUAAGCUGUGACCGUGUGGAGCUUUUAAAUGAAUACAUGUCUCUCAACAACAUCUAUGUUUAUGAAGGCCCCUAUGGUCGCAUCCGUGCAAGAAAUAUCCCACAAGACUACCACAAACUGGACAAUGAGGGCAUCGUGAGAAACUUGACGUGCAAGAAAGAAGGACAGCACUUUAAACCCUACCUGAAGUGGCAUCUUCCCAAGCGAUUGCACUAUGGUGACAGCCACCGCAUCGAGACCAUUCAUUUGUUUAUGGAACGGCAGUGGCAGGUUGCCAGGCAAUAUUCGGCAACUGGAAGAUGUAAUGGUGGGAAUCAUGGCUUUGACAAUGAGUUUAUAAGUAUGCAGGCAAUAUUUAUAGGAUAUGGACCUAAGUUUAAGAACCAAACAGAAGUUGAGGCUUUUGAAAAUAUCGAGCUGUAUAAUCUGAUGUGCGAUAUUCUAGAAAUCACACCAUCGAAAAACAACGGCACACACGGCAGCCUCAACCACCUGCUAAGAAGUCCAUUCUUCACCCCGUCGUUCCCUGCCGAGCAGUCAGAUCCCUUGUCCUGCCCUCUGACCUCCCUCACUUCCACGAACGGCCUUGGGUGCACAUGGGACAGCACUCUGGGUGAAGAAGUUGACGUGAACCAACGGUUAAAUCUGUCCAUCGCUGAUGUUCAACUCUUCGAGCAGCAGCAUUUACCCCUGGGACGACCUGCACUCACGCUGAGCGGCAAACGCUACUGCCUCCUGCACCACAAGAACUUCGUGUCCGCAUACAGCCACGACAUCAAAAGCCCGCUUUGGAGCUCCUACACCGUCAGCAAGCCAGCUAACAAUUCUCCGCUGCCAGACUUCACCGAGGACAGCGUGCGUGCAGACGUGCGACUUGCGGAGGGUGUUAGCGCUAACUGCUCUGCGUACAUUGCCACAAACAUCACCUAUGGCUUCCUCUUCCCUCCCAAUUUGGUGGUGAGUGAUAUUGCGGAUGGCUUUACAACUGGAAACAUCGCUCCCAUGUACGCUGAAUUUAAAAAGUUAUGGAAUUUCUUCCACAAAGUCCUGCUGGUCAAGUACGCUGUGGAGUCAGAUGGGCUUAACGUUGUGAGCGGUCCCAUCUUUGACUUCAACUUCGACGGCAUCGCUGACAAACCAGAAGAAAUUGCAGAGUUUGUAGAGGGAACGGAUAUUCCCAUCCCCACGCACUACUUCGUGGUGCUCACCAGCUGCAAAGGCCAGCCUGCUGGGAACUGCACGGGCCAAGUGGUCAACACCGCCUUCAUUCUACCCCACCGCCCCGACAACAGCGAGAGUUGCCAGACCGGAGUGGCUCAGGAAGCAUGGGUGGAGGAGCGAGUGAGGACUCACACAGCGCGUGUGCGCGAUGUUGAGCUUCUCUCCGGCCUCAGCUUCUACCAAGAUCCCAGCCGUGACCAGAACCAAGUCCUCCGCUCCAAGACUUACCUGCACGUCUUUGAAACCGAGCUCUAGUGCUAUAAGUAAUAUUGUUAUUUUAAUUGAAGAAUGUACAAUUAACGUUUUAGAAUAUUCAGCAAUGCAAAUUUGAAAUGCGUGGGCAUUAAAAAAAAAAGAAAUCUCUAAUUAUAUUAAUCCUGUUUUUUUAUCAUUAUACUGACCGUGAAAUCGUGUCAUCUGUUCAAACGAUCGUCUACAAGUUAGUUUUCAAUGAGUGUGAUCUUAAUUGAAACAUUUUACCGAACACCACCCACUCCUCCAAAGACUUAGACAAGUGUCAGCAAUGUGCUUGGAAGUGGAAUAUAAUAUAGGAACACGUGAUUGAGUGGCCUUCAUUUUGUGUGUGAAGGUAGAAUGGCAAUCGUCAGAUUAAUCUGAAAACCUGUCACACUCAAUUGGGAUCGUCUACAGUACUAAAUAAUACAUACACUCGCUUGGUAGCACUGUAUUAAAAUGAUUUGAUGCACAAUCUAAAGGAUGCCAGUUCAAAUUCAGGUCGACAUCAUCCAUCUGGAGUAGACAAAAUGAGUACCACUUUGUUGGAAGUUUACAAGCAGUUUAUUUGCAGACAGGCCGACCCUGAAAUUGAAAUCUCUUGUCCCAGAUUGUUCGCCCUCCCAGGUCGUCCUUGCUAAAAAAAAAUCACUCUGGACGUCUCACUGGGUUCUCUCUCUCCUGGUUAAAUUGCAUGGAUAGGGUAGUGCAUUUUAUGCUACAGUGCUAUCAAUUAAGAUGGGUUUUUUGACGAGCUAUAACACUGCCUCUUCCUGACCCCCCCUCCAAAGUGAGACACCUUGACUGUCCCUUGGUCCCCCAGCGGAGGCGAAGUUCUUGUAGCUCGCGGAUGUUCAUCGUCUCUAAACCUUCUGGGUCUGUCAAUAAAAAUAAAUCAAAUGAGUGACUCAA